UUCAAAUCAGCAUCAAAUCCAACUUGGAUUCACAAUGAAGACUCUUAUUCUUCUUGUCUUUCUGAGUACCUUUAUGAAUCCGGCAUUUGCAAACAAUGUUGUCCAGCUCAUAAAUAAGGGAAAUGAUGGAGGUACUGUCUAUCAGACAGUGAAUAUCAACCAUGAUGUGAACAUUGUUACAUUUAACGUUUAUUCUGGAGCACAUUCCUCCAAUGCAAUCUUUGACUACGACCAUGGUAUAGUUGCUUACCACGUGCCCUACAAGAAGAUGUGUGUUGUUUCCAAGAUGAACAGGGUGACUUUUCCAACUUUAAACCAACUUGAGGACAUGGUCAAUAAUCAAAGGGGCCUGAAUUCCCUCCACAGAAGUUAUGGGAUAUCCCUCAACUAUGUCAGAAAUGUAGCUGGACUCGGAGCACCUAUCUGGGCAACAUGCAAAGGACUUUCUACCUUCUGGGCUACUGAGUAUGACAGACCACAAAGAGUACUUAGUGGUACUGUCUGCAUGGGUGUUAAACUCCUCACUCUGGAUGUGAACCUGUGUGGAGGUGUUAUGCUCUUCUAACCAAAGGACUCAGCAAAAGCUAUAUAUAGUAUUUCAGCCUCAUGACUCUCACUUAUUUUACACGUCUCAUUCCAGAGAAUGGCUCUUCUCUGCAAAAGCCAGAGCUGACAUGCAGCCACAGAAAACUUUCCAACUGAUCGGAAAGGCAUACGGACCAUAGCCAAUGCAUUUCUGACAGCAUCAAUAUUUGGAACGAAAAGUGGAAUCCACAGCUUUACUUGUGAAUACUCGCGGUUAACAAAGGACCCAAACAGUUACCACGUUUCACAGCUGUUCCCUUCUUUUCUCUGUAAUGGGCUCAACUAACAUUCUCCUCAGCCCCAAAUCUGAAUGCACCAGGUUUUUGGAGAGUUUGGAAUCUGGAUCUGAAUUUUGUGACUGGGGCCUCUCCCUAGUUGAAAUGACACAUGUGUUUACAUGGGUUAGAAAGGAAGGAAGAAAAAUCUGAUAAUUUAGGUAUUAAUUUCUAUAAGUGGUUUGCAGUAAAGAUUCCUUUGCCUGAUCUUUCAAGCAGU